AUGGAGGGUGGACAAGCAGGCAAGAGGAAGAGUGUGGGGUUCACUGAAGCAUAUCCUGAGAGAGCUGAUGUUGACAUAUCCCUCUAUAAGAAAUUCCCUGGCCUGGUUGGAGGCUCCCUGCGUUCUCCUGCAGACCCUGACUCCUUGAAUACAACUGCCAUUCCUACCCGCCGUCGACACCGCACUACCUUCAGCCAGGACCAACUAGACCAUCUGGAGACAGCUUUUACAAAAAAUAAUUAUCCUGAUAUUUAUUGCCGAGAGGAACUGGCCAGGGUUACUAAACUCAAUGAAGCUCGCAUCCAGGUGUGGUUCCAGAACCGUCGGGCAAAGCAGCGAAAGCAAGAACGGGCUCUACCAAAGCAAACCACGCCUGCUGUUCUCUCUAUCUGCCCCAUUCCUGUACCUCCUCCUCCUCGACAAUACCAAUAUUCCCCCACACUUGGACCACAUCCUCAUUUACCCCAUUUCCCUUCCACCUACACUCUACCACCCCCCUCUCCUACUUCUGCCCCUUUUCCUUGUUCUGUCCCCCAUCACCCUCAAAGCCCUUGUAGUCAUGAAGACUGGUAUAAUUCACUACGCACUUUCAGCUCUUCUACAGCUACCCCAUCGACUUCUGUGUUCUCUCUUAAUCUUGAUCCCGGUGUAUACUGGGACUAG